UAUUCAUCACAAAAACAAAAAUUGUACGUUCGUGUGCUUUUACUACUGUUUACUUCUUCUAUUCAAAUGAAUUCAACAGAAAAUCGAAAAACAAUUACAAAUUCUUAUCUCUGUGUUGUUUUGCAUGGGUAUAUGCAGUGUACAACAAUUAAGAUAACAGUUAUUACUUGAACGGAAUUCAAGAAGUCAAGACAUCAACUGUCUACAGAAUUUUGUGUGAAUAAAGUCGAAUUCAUUUGUCAAUUUAAUUUUUCCAUUCAAAAUGAGCGAAACGGAUCAUCCGAUUGUAGAAUACAAGAAGAACUAUGGUACGGCCAGUGAACAGUCAAUCUCUACUCUCGUAUACUGUGUACACGGAAAGAACUCAAAGACAUGCUGUGAGAGAGUCGAUCUUAACGAAAUUGAUAAACACUGUCAUAAACCUCGUACCGAGGGUCAAGAUCGCAAAGCACGGAAGAAGCUAUUAAUUGCAAGUGGUUUGUGUGUUGUGUUCAUCAUAGUGGAAGUGAUAGGUGGAAUCCUAUCAAACAGUCUGGCUAUUGCUACAGAUGCAGCGCAUUUACUAACAGACUUUGCAAGCUUUAUGAUUUCUCUGUUUGCAAUUUGGAUAGCAGGCCGACCAUCAACCAAAAAAAUGUCUUUCGGAUGGUACAGAGCGGAAGUUAUCGGCGCUCUGGCAUCAGUGCUAAUGAUUUGGGUAAUAACCGCGAUAUUGGUCUACUUAGCCAUACAGCGCUGCAUAACUCAAGACUUCGAAGUGGAAGCCAAAAUGAUGUUGAUAACAUCCAUUAUCGCAAUUCUUGUUAAUUUGAUAAUGGGAUGGCAACUUCAUUCAUCGCACAGUCAUACACAUUCCCAUGGGUCCGGCGACAACCUCAUUCAAGAAACGGAGAAUAUAAAUGUUCGAGCUGCCUUUAUUCAUGUCUUGGGUGAUGUUUUACAGAGUGUCGGUGUGCUUAUUGCAGCCAUAGUGAUUUAUUUCGUACCUGAGUGGAAAUUAGCUGAUCCGAUAUGUACGUUCCUGUUUUCGAUUGUGGUUUUGGGAACCACAUUUGCUAUCAUGAAAGAUACUAUGCUAGUUUUGAUGGAAGGUACUCCCACCUAUUUGGAAUAUACUGAAGUAUUGGACACAUUCCUGCGAAUCAACGGUGUUGUCCGGGUUCAUAAUUUGCGAAUCUGGGCCCUGAGUAUUAACAAAGUAGCAUUGUCUGCUCAUCUAGCCAUCGUUGCUACUGCUAAUCCAGAAGAAGUAUUAAAGGAAGCGGUCGGUGCUGUGCAUAGUAAAUACAGUUUCUUUGAGACUACACUUCAAAUAGAACGCUUCCAACCAGAUAUGGAAGACUGUAGUCAAUGCGUCUGUCCCGAGAAUUAGGAUUCAUCGUUUGUAAAAGGUUAAGGAAAACAUUACAAAACAAUAUUCGUGUAGAUGAUCGCUAAUAAAAUGUAAGUUCUUCUAGUUGGAGUA